AUGGCCAAUUUGCAAAUCGGCAACAUGCAGGGAUUGCCAACUGAGCUUACCUCAUUCCUGACAACAUUGCAGGCACAAAUCAUGAAUGUGCAAAACAGAACCGACCAGUUGGAGCGACUUGCAGCAGAGAAUGCAAGAUUAACCACUGAAUUGGAUCAAGCUAGAACAACAAUUGCUAAUCUGCAGAAGCAAUUAGGAUUCCAGAGUGCUCCUGACAAAAACAAAGAACCAGGUCUGGAAGCCUCCACUUGGGCUAGUAAAGCCAGUGUUUCUCUUUCUGUAACUGCAUCAAAAAUGUCUGCUGUUCCCUCUGCUCGCCAUAUUGCAGCUUCUGUUCGUAUGUUUGCUCUUCCUUCUGGUCCUUCAGGUUAUGAAUAUGUUUAUAUUCCAAGAUCAAGACGCCUUAAGCACAAAGAAGUCCGUUCCUCUCUCCGCACUCUUGGGGUAGAUUCUUCUCGACUUUUGGACAUUAACUUCCCAGCCAGAGGUGUCAUUGGCAUCCUUGUUCAUGUCCAGUAUGCUGAUACAUUUAAGGCCAAACUGACAACUGCUUCUGUUGAGAUUUUGGACGCAUUUGAUCCACUUGAUCCUGAUAAUGUUGCUGAUUCUAAGUAUGCAUCUCUGUACACUCAUGAACUUGCCAACACUGCUGCCAUGCUUCACCAUGAUAGAUGUCUCCAAGCCCUACAGUUCUUGCGCCCACACGUUGCUAUCCCAGUUGGUCACUUCUUUUUUGAGGAAGGGUGGAUCAGUGAAGAUGAAAUACCAACACGUACUACUCUUACCAAUGCUACUGGCGGGUCUUUGUUCAAAUCUGGCACCUAUAGGGGCUCUAUGGGUGUUUCUGUUCUCAUAUCAUCUCACUGUCCUUAUGCCGUCACUCAAAUACCUAUGCCCUCCAAAUAUGCUCUGGCUGUCAAAAUUGGCUCACUCAGAAUUGUAUGCUUAUAUCUUCCACCAAAUAUGCCCACUCAUGAUGUCCUACAUGUACUCUCUUCCAUUCCUUUAACACAUGAUACCAUUCUUUGUGGAGACUUCAAUGCAAGACUUGGCUCUGUUACUGGUGACUAUGCAUCAAAUUCUCAUGGACUGGCACUAUGUUCUUGGAUAGAAGAGAGAUCUCUAUCAGUUGUAAAUGCAGAUCUUGCACCUUGCAUACCAACAUAUAUUUCUUUCCGCAACAAUUAUGAAAUCAGCAGUAUUAUUGACCUCUUUAUAACUAAUAUGCCACUCAUCAAUCCUUCUCUUCAUAUUGCUACUGACUUGUCUCUUGGAUCAGAUCAUUGCCUUUUAUCACUUUCCUUUACCUAUGAUCUACAGCACUCUACCAAUAUGCCACCACCAUUACGCAAGACAUGGAACCUCUCACGCCUCAAUGAACCUGAUGUCCAUGCUCUUUAUGCUCAUACCUUCAAUCAAAACUCGACCUCCCUCCUUUCCACCUUGCAAGACAUUGUACAGAAUCCACCACUCACUAGACCCAACAUUGAUGCUAUCACUGAUGAGUUCAAUUCACUCAUUUAUGACUCAUUAAAUAGCUCAAUUGGACAUCGACCCUCUCGCCCAAAUCAUUGGAAAUCCUUCUGGAAUGCAGCUUUGCAAACAGCAGCAGAUCGUCGUAACCAAUGUUACAAAAAAUGGCGCCUAGCAAUAGUUCUCCCUGCCACUGACCUGUUUAUUUAUCUGGGUGUUCCUUUUGCCAAUAAGGGUAUUUCUUCCAAGUCCAUUGCCACUCAUAGACGUUCUGGUACACUUGCUACAAUGGCAACCCUAAACUCUGUUGGUGCUUGUUGUUCUGGUUUUUCUCUGCUGCUCAGUUCACGAUUGUAUAAGACCUUUGUCCGCCCAAAGUUUGAAUAUGGUUUGGCAAUCUCCACUCUACUGAAACAAGAUAUCAAAGUGCUGGAGUCCAUUCAAGAUAAGUGUCUUUGCAUGAUUGUUGGGGGGCAUGCCACGUCCUCUACAAUUGUGUUAAAGCACAUCUGCAAUCUGCCAAGUAUGAAGUUUCGUGCCGAUGCUCUUAUGGCCAAGUUCUGUAUAAGAUCACGCUUUUUGCCAGCCCAGUGCCUUCUGUCUCUUUUGCACCAUCAUCAUACUGUCUAUUCUUCACUUGUCUCCUUGGGAAAAACCCAUCUUCUGUCCAAUCUCCCUCCAACACUCAAACUUCGAAGCCCUAGUGCUGUAAAAAAUCAUUUUGAAAGCAUUAGAGAAGCUGGAUUUGCAACCUUUCUCCAGUCCAAUACGCAAGUUCUCAUUCAAGCAUGCCGCCCAGUUCUUGGAGUUGAUCCAAUCUUGUUUUUGCCAGCCUCACGUGUGGAACGUAGCCAUUUGAUUCGUUGGAGAAUGGGGCAGUUACCAGGCAAACCAAAGGAAUGUCCUUGUGGAUCAGAUCACACCUCACGCCGCCAUUUGUUGGAUUGCCCACUUGUUCCUAUGGCACUAUUUGAACAGUUGCCUCAACCUGACCAAGAUCAGAUAAACAGAAUUGAUUUUGCCAUCACAUCCUUGCCUUUGUCAUCUCAAGAACCGCGACCUGCUUACUGGAUACCACUGCUGACUAUUCUCUGGCACAUAGAUGUUAUAUGUAAUCCUGAUGGUGACUAUUCACAUGAGACUGAACAUGGUGCUCUUUGGAUAUAA